CGGUAGCCUCGCAAGAACAGUAACCGAUCGAUCAGGCAAGAUGUCAAUCGGUGAGAUCUUCUCUGACGCGCAACGCUCCCUCGUCGGGCAUAAAACUUUGGCGAAGCGCCUGCACCGACUCGAAAACACCCCCAACUUUGAAGCACACAUCAAGCAAUCCGUCUUUCGUCUUCUCGAUGUCAGCAAAUCAGAGGUCGCUGGCAACCGGGUGAUCAAAUUCCUGACGGUGUACCUCGAGUCAGCGGAUGCGACCAACCGAACUACAUCCUCCAUUCUGCUUGCACUACUCCCUUUUCUGUGCGCAAAGGACAAGACCGUGCGAUAUCGAGCGACGCAGAUCAUCUCCCAGAUCCUUGGAGUCCUGAGUACUAUUGAUGAUGACCUCUACAAAGUCAUUCGGCACGAGCUGAUAAAGCGGCUUCGAGAUAAGGUGCCUGCGAUCAGGCUGGAAGCCGUGCUGGCACUGGGGAGGCUGGUGGUGAACGAAUUGGAGGAUGAAGAUGAAGAACAAGAUUCAGACGAGGAUGUAGCACCAGGCCUGCUGGAGAAGCUCUUGGACGUGCUCCAAAACGACACCAACGCAGAUGUCCGGAGAGCACUACUGCUCAACCUUCCCGUUACAUCGAGGACAUUGCCAUAUCUGCUGGAGCGAGCAAGAGAUCGUGAUGGUCCGACGCGAAGAGCCUUGUAUUCCAAACUUCUGCUGAAGCUGGGCGACUUCCGGCAUCUGUCCUUAUCCAUGCGAGAGAAAUUGCUGAGAUGGGGCUUAAGAGACCGAGAUGAGAAGGUUCGCAAAGCUGCGGCUCAUGUGUUCAGAGCGCGCUGGAUAGAAAAUUGUGCCGCGUCACAUACUGAGCAGACGGAUGACGAAGACAAGGAGCCGAAUGGCUUUUAUCCACCGAAUAUCCCUGCUCUGCUGGAACUCCUGGAGAGAAUCGACACCUUGAACACCGGCAACGAGACUGGAAUCGCCCGAGAAGCCAUGAAGGAAUUCUGGGCCGGUCGGCCAGACUACCUCAAAGCAGUGUCUUUUGACGAUGAAUUCUGGGACACCUUGACCCCUGAGUCUGCGUUUAUGGCACGCACAUUCAAUGACUACUGUCAGCAAUCACAGGAUCCCAAACAUCAGGCUAUAAUUGAGGAGAAGAUGCCCGAGGUGACACGACUGGGAUUCCACCUUCAGAAACACAUCAACGAGCUUCUCAUCAAGGUGCAGAACGCCAUCGAAUCCGACAGUGACGACAAACUCGCUGAACAAGCCGAGCAAGAAUUCAUCGUCGAGCAGCUUCUCUACAUCGCACAGACUCUAGACUAUACCGACGAGAUUGGCCGGCGGAAAAUGUUCUCUCUUCUACGGCAUGCACUCUCGAUGGCGGAUCUCCCAGAAGAAUGCACUCGGCUCGCCGUUGAGGCUUUACGUUUAGUCUGCAACCCUGACGCAGCAGGCGAACGAGAAUUCACUUCGGUCGUUCUUGAAGCCAUCGCCGAAGUCCACGAUAAUAUCGUGUCCGACGAGCCUGAAGGCGAAGAGAACGACGACGAUGACGCAAGCUUCGUGUCCGCACGCAGUGAAGUGAGUGACCACGAAUCGGACUCGACGCCGAAGAACAACGGCUCGAACAAGAAGCACAAGAAGCAAUUGACCGAAGAAGAACAAGAAGCCCAGGCCGUCAAGGAAAUCAUGAUCAACAUGAAAUGUCUGCAUAUCGCGCAAUGCAUGCUCCAGAACGUGGCUGGCAACUUGCAGUCCAACAUCCACCUGCGCACCAUGUUCGACAACCUAGUCAUACCCGCCGUCCGGUCUCACGAGAUCCUGAUCCGCGAGCGAGGCGUCCAGUGUCUGGGUCUGUGUUGUCUUCUCGAACCCAAACUUGCUGACGAGAAUAUGCGCCUGUUCACGCAUCUGCUCAAGAAAGGCCACGAGACGCUGCAAGUCAUGGCGCUCCAGAUCCUGUGCGACAUUCUGAUGGCUCGCGGGCCGCCUCCGGCAAGUCAGACCCCCGUGGACGCUGCAGCGUCUCCGAAUACCAGCGGCGAACUCGGCGAGCAGGGCACCAAUAACAAUAACAGCAAUACCAAUAUGACGAGUCUGCUCUCGCCGUUCAUCAAGGCUCUGUCGCAGAAUUUCCCCGAGGAAGUUCGCGCCACGGCAACGAGUAGUUUGUGCAAACUCAUGCUGUGCGGAUUCUACAAGGACAAUGAGGAAUUGUUUGAUCAGAUCGUCGAGCGGGCCAUGCAGGUCGCGGCCAAGGGCUGGGAACUGCUUGAAAAGGUGAAGAAUGCCGUCGUUGUGGAUCGUGAGAAGGAGAAGAUGGUGGAGAAGGAGAGGGAGCUGGCGAAUGUCACAAUGUUCGGUGCGAGGCUGAGUACAGAAGGUGGUGCCAUGGGUCGGACUUCGGAUGGUGUUCGGAGUGCGAGUGCUGAUGGAAGGAUGAGUGUUGAAGGGAUUGAUGUUUGAGCACUAGUACUGUUCUUCCCUUUUUAUUUCGUACAUGAUCAUGCAGCACUGUUGGCGAUAGCCUUUGAAAGCUUGGUAGACACUUCCGUUGAAAUUUGGAACUUCCAUGUCCCAUCUCGGUUGCAGCAGGGGUAUCAUAAUGACUUUUUCCC